UUUUGUCAGGUGCAUAGAAAUGAUUGAGUAAGCAUGGGUUGCAAAAUGUCUUGUCACAUGACACCCAAGCGUGAAUCAUUCCAAUUGGACGUGAUGAAUCCACCAGAAGGGGGUCUGCCGGUUGGAGAAAGAUUACAUAACGCCAUCCUGUCUAACGAUUUAGAGACUUGUCGACAAAUAUUGAAAAAGUUUUCAGGUGGGAAGUUUCCUUUCCUGCAAGAGUUUCCAUGUGGCCAUCUUUCGCGGUCUCCGCCAUUGCAUGUUGCAUGCAUGUAUCGCAGACCUGAAAUUGUGAAACUGUUUGUGGAAAACGGAGCCGAUGUGAGCGCAUUGGACAUAUAUGGAAGAACGCCUUGCAAUAUUUGUUUACAAUAUUGGCCACGUAUCUGGCCGGAAGAGAAGACGCUAUUUUUUGACGACCUGGAAAUCGAAGCAGAAUUUUGGAAUUCCAUAAAGGAACAGAUUUUUAAAGCGUCGUGUAUAUUGGAAAUACUUUUGAAGCACGGGGCGGACGAAGCGGAGAGGCUUUGUUCUGAUAACCAAUCUCUGCUCCAUUUUGCUGCUAAAAAAGAGCUACAUGGUGCUAUGAAGAUCUUAAUUGAAACUGGUGUUGACCUUAAUAUCCGAGAUGUUUAUUUAUGUACACCCCUUGCAUUGGCAGCUAAGCAUGGCCGCUUGAGGAGCAUCACGUAUCUUACUAAUGAAGGGGCUGACGUCACACUCGUUGACGUAAAUGGCUGCACAUUUUUACAUCAUAUCUGUUCAUGUGAAAGAUUGACUUUAUUUGAGCUCCGUGACGCCACGAACGUCGCACAUCACCCAGUCAUAAACCAAACCAAUCGCGAAGGCCAGACGAUCUUACACAUCACUGCAACUCAGGGAAAUGGCGACAAAAUUUCUUUUCUCUUACAGAGAGGAUGUGACGCUGAUAUGAAAGACAACAUGGGUCGCACGCCUUUAUUUUGUCUCUUAGAUUCAUGUGAGCCCGGUUGUUGUCUUCUUGGGAUCGAGUGUCUACUCAUGGAAAUGACUCAAAUAAACAUUCGAGACAAGCACGGCCACUACCCGAUAUGUUUCUCCAGAUAUCGUAAAGACAUUCCGGGGAUCUUAAAAGAUUUGUUGGCAAUGUCGGCUUCUCCCUCUCCUCUUUUCUACCUCUGUGUCCAGAAGGUCCGACACACAAUGGGUAGAGAUAGACAGGAUGUCCGCCAUUUGUCCCAACUCCAACUUCCGGGUGUUCUAACAGCUGAAAUCGUCCUCGUUAGUAACUUCAUGAAUAUGUCUCUUUUACAUAAAAAAUGAUUUAGUAGGGGGCAUAGUAAGAGAGUGAACAGUUGAAGAAACAAAGAGCUGUCAUAGUUACAGAAGACAAACUCACAGUAACCAAGUGAAGUCAUAGUAACAAAAGACAUAGUCACAGUAACAAAAACAGUCAUGGUAACAUAGGGCACAGUAACAAUGGUGUUGUGUAUUUGUCACACAAAAGGUCCAUGGGCAUCAAACACAACCUCACACAGUAAACGCCAUUACCGCGGAACUACCUUUAUUGCUUGAACAUAUUACUACGCAUGUACACAAUAUGGAGGGACCCGGAAUCGGUCCUUAAUCCGGAAUAUACAACACUCCUCCCUUUUUAACUUUAACCCUUAUUAGCAAAUAUAUAUGAACAUUUAAUAUUAAAUGAAUGGCUGGAUGUUAUUAAUAGAACAUUAACUCGGUGUAACUCUAUUAGAACAAGAACACACACAAAUUCAAAAUAAUGCUUCCUGCACAGAUACACAAUGUCAUGAAUUGGGUAUAAAAAUAAAAAGUGUUGACAUGUAUAGUUUCAUUGCAUGUCCGACUAGAAACACACUAAGUAGUUAUACAACACUCGACAAAUCUCUACAAAUCCAUUUACUCUGGGGUCUUCUUAGACCUCUUAGAGCGUCUCAACAUGGGUGUCACUCCUGGUGUGACCUUGGACAGGGUAAUACCAGUGUCCAACUGAACCUGACUCGCGCUUGUGUCCAUUGGCACGGACACCACUGAUUCGGAAAUGUCUGUUUCCAGCACCUGUGGUGCAUCGUCACCAAACAGCGAAGGACUGUGUAGCGAUGGAGAACACGAACCAAGUAUCUGGUCCGCGUGACGACGCAAACACUGCCCGGGGGCCACUUGCACCUGAUAGGACAAAGGCCCAGAUUGCGACGCGAUUACACCGGGCGUCCGUUUAUGAUUUCCGCGAUAGUCACGCACUGAAACUGGGUUCCCAACAUCGAGUUCGCGCACUCUCUGUUUGGAAACGCUCUCCAACAGACCCUACUGACAUAGACUUGCUCAAAUUAGGCUUUAUAAGAUCCAAACGCGUUUUGAUAGUGCGUCCCAUGAGUAGACUUGCUGGUGUUUCAGAAGUAGCAGAUUGGGGUGUGGUUCGGUAUGCCAGUAAAAACUUUUGAGUGGUGUUUUUUUU